GUAUUAUGGCUCCGGCGCGUAAGAAGACUAGAUUGAGCAGCGAUAACGACGAUAUGCAGCCCGCCCUAGCCAACGACAACCAAUCAGCCCCCAACACGACGAGCCCGCACGAUGGAGCCAGACACGCCUCCCUCUCAAUGGAUCCGAACGCAGCGGGCGUGGUCAGCGGUAACAGCAGCAACAGCACCAGCACCCCUCGGAAACGCUCGCCUCAUCAGGCUGCUCCGGGACCCCGCCACAGCUGGUACUCGGCCGCCUCGUGGAAGGCGAAAGCCUUGCCAACUGCUGCAGUGGUUGCCCGGGAGUGCGUAUCGGUAGACAAGGGCGUGUCGUCGGAGUCCUCCAGCAAGGAGGACGGCAUUCGAAAACCCAGCCAAAGCGUCAGCAAUAGCUUCAAGGGCAGCAGUAGAAAGAGUGGUCCUCUAGUGGCGGAAGCGACGAGAGUCCACGCUGUGCCUGAUCCUGCCAGCGUGCCGAAACCGCGCAAGAGCCUUGGUGCAGACGAGAAGGGGAAGGUCUGCGAGAAGCAGCAGGCAAAAUCUGUGCCAGUGGAAAGCAAAGGCAUCGUCGAAGAGGAAGCACCCUUGCCCCCUGAGCCUGCCGCUACGCCUGCGCCUUUGGAGGACGAUGCGAAGGCAGAGACGACAAGCAUGAGACCUGCUUCGGGCGGCUGGUUUGGGUGGUGGUCUAGACCUGACGGCGACAACAGCGAAGCAGAAGGGUUGAAGAGCAGUAACAAAACGGCCAUAGAUGACGCCAUCGCGGAGCAGGCUAAUGACACGCCUCUACCUGGAACACCCGAAUUGGAUGCACAGGACGAUGCAAGUACACAGCAGGGCAGUGCCGCAGAAGAUCUAAUUGGGGGGCCGCAGCCAGAAAUGAGCACCAGCACAAAGUAUGGCUCCGCUAGAUCGUGGUUCGGCCUCUGGAGCAAAGCACAGAAAGAGCAGGCCGAAGAGGAAGAGCGGCAGAGAGAGGCAGAUCGUGUACAACGAGAGCAGAGUGAGCAGGAGACUGGGGAGCCUCGGGUCGAGCAAGCCAGCUUACCGCCCGUGCAAGUCACUGGAGAGGCGGAAGCUACCACCACAAAUGUGAAGUCGACCGAGUCGGUCGAGCCCAAGGAUGAUGAAGAUAGACCUAGAUCCUCGGGCUGGGCAUUCUGGUCGAAAGACAAGCCCAAGGAGAGAUCGAAGGUAAGCGAAGAGGACACACAGAAACUAGUCGGCGAGCUCGCAGUGGCAGAUACGCCGUCGCAAAGCCAUCCCGAGGCAGCGCAGUUUAAUGAGCAGCGCGAUGCGAACGCUGAGGUGAAGCGAAGCGGGUCGCUUUUGCAGCGUGGUCGGAAGCAGAACGUGAAGUCAAAAGAUCUCUCUGGUGAAACGACAGCGGCAGCAACACCAACAGGAUCACAAGUACAGACCCCAGCAUUCUUUACCCCGAACGAUACCCCAGAGAGCUCUCCUGCUCCGGUACAGAGAGGCAAGCUAAAACAGAUUCAUCCCAACUUAGUACUCCCUACAUUUCGAGACACCUACCCGACGGUGAGCGAGAUGGGCUAUCUAGAUCGAUUGACACGUUACAUCGGCUCGUCUCUGCAUCUCACGCAGCCCGCGAAGUCUGUGCAACAUCCUCAUGUGUCGCCCCAGCCCCACAAAGUGCACAAGGCUAUUGCUAUCGGUGUUCAUGGGUUCUUUCCAGCCGCGCUACUACAAAGAGUGCUUGGCCAGCCCACUGGCACGUCUAUUCGGUUUGCCAACUAUGCUGCAGCAUCUAUCAAGAAGUGGUGUCUAGAGCAUCAACCAGAUAUCAAAGAUGUCAUGAUCGAGAAGGUCGCACUUGAGGGCGAGGGCUUUGUGAGCGACCGAGUUGACACACUCUGGAAGCUCUUAUUGAACUGGUUAUCCCAACUUCGACAGGCAGACUUCAUCAUGGUUGCGUGCCACAGCCAGGGAGUGCCUGUCGCAACAAUGCUAGUCGCGAAGCUCAUUCAAAUUGGUUGCUUGUCGCCAAAUGCACGCAUUGGUAUUUGCGCGAUGGCUGGCAUCAAUCUUGGGCCAUUUCUGGAAUAUAAGUCUAGAUUUUUUGGUGGCAGCGCGCUUGAGCUCUUUGAUUUCUCGGACAGGACGUCGAAAGUUUCGAUUGCAUAUGCAAACGCUCUCGAUACCUGUCUAAGGCACGGCGUUCGCAUCACUUUGGUGGGAGGACUGGAUGAUCAGCUCGUGAGCCUGGAGUCGAGUUUGCACACGCCUUUGCACCAUCCGUACGUGAACAGGACCAUUUUCAUUGAUGGCCAAUUGCAUACUUCGAACUUCCUGAUCCAUCUGGUCGUGUUUGCGGCAAAGCUCCGCAACCUGGGCGUGAGUGAUCACGGGCUGCUGCGCGAAAUAUCAGCGCCACUUGCAGGUAGCAUUGUUGGUGGCGCCGGCCACAGCAGAGUUUACGACGAUCCUGCUGUGUAUCGCACCGCCAUCGAGUUUGCGCUCGAAAGUAGCGAUGUCUCGCCUGCGACAUUCCAGAUUCAUCGGAAGACUUCUGUCGACGAGUCGCGCAAGAGCAUGGAAGAAGCUGCUUCAAGGCGUGGUUCAUACGCUAGCUAUCCACCGAAUAUGACAGCUGCUAACCACAUGCGACGCGGCUCACUUGGGAGUCUUAGUUUGGCGCCUCCAGGGAUAGCCCCCGUCAUGAGUCCGUACGAGCCUGCUGCGUCGACCGGCACUGCAGAGAAGAAUCCAUACGUGCUGCCAUGGGCUGUGAGAGGCAUGCUCGAAGAGGACAUUGUCAAGAAAGAUCCGAAGCUGCAGCUGGAGGUCAAGGAGCUCGUUAAGGAGUUUGAAGAGUGGAAACCAACAAGCAAAGUUCUCAAAGAUGUCAGGUUUCGGUUGGAAGGAGUAAGAAGCAUGCUGUGAGCGUCUUGAAGGAUUCGAGGGAGAAGGGGGGGAUUUUUGGAGCGGCUGUUUGUGCAUACGCAUUUCGGUGGUGACUUGAGCAUACAUAGCGAGCGGAGCAUGCAUGAUGUUUUCACUCUGAGCGAUUUGGUGGAUUUGUUGUGUUUUUGGUACAUAGAUGAUAGAUAGAUCAUGGCUACCCAGGCAGGUACCCCACAGCAUCUCGACGGAACUCUUCGUGGCGAC